AGGAAGCGCAGAGCCCCGCGGCUGCCGCAUUAGGGGAUAUCCCGGCAGUGGGAAAGCCGUUGAGGGGUCUAAGGCCAGAAGGUGGUGACUAAUCAGAUUUCACCUGAAAAUCGCACGCUGUCUGCAGUGAGGCGAACUGAUCGGGAGGGCCCAGCGAAUGCCAGUAGGAGCGAGCACCGGACCUGGGAGGCCUGGGUCAAGGCGGCCCCGCGCAGCGGCGAGGCAGUUCCGGCGCAGGGGCCAGGCGCGCGGCUCCGGGGAAAACCGAACCGGCCCACGUGGGCCCGGCCGCCCCGCCCCGCCGCGCAGACGCCGCCCGAUUCCGCAGUCCCCGCCUGGGGCUGGGCGCGCUGCCCUGGAGCCCUGCACCCACGCCUGGACCGCGGAGACGCCCAGGCCGAGGAACCCCCAGCCCAGGGACUGGACAUCGCCGGGGCCGGGUGGAGCCAGAGCCAGACGCGCCGGAGCCGGCGCCUCUAGGCCACCAGAUGUUCGCCAUCCAGCCAGGGCUACCUGAGGGGGGGCAAUUCCUGGGGGACCCGCCUCCUGGAGUAUGUCAGCCCGAGCUCCAACCAGACAGCAACUCCAACUUCAUGGCAAGUGCCAAGGAUGCUAAUGAGAAUUGGCAUGGGAUGCCAGGCAGAGUGGAACCGAUCCUGAUGAGGAGCUCCUCUGAGUCGCCCUCUGACAACCAGGCCUUCCAGGCCCCUGGGUCCCCUGAGGAAGGGGUGCGUAGCCCCCCAGAGGGGGCAGAGAUUCCCGGGGCUGAACCUGAGAAGAUGGGUGGUGCUGGCACAGUCUGCUCCCCUCUGGAGGACAACGGCUAUGCCAGCAGUUCCCUGAGCAUCGACAGCCCUAGCAGCAGUCCUGAGCCUGCCUGUGGGACUCUGAGAGGCCCUGGCCCUCCUGAUCCCCUUCUGCCCUCAGUGGCCCAGGCUGUGCAGCACUUGCAAGCUCAGGAGCGCUACAAAGAGCAGGAGAAGGAAAAGCACCACGUGCACUUGGUGAUGUACCGUCGCCUGGCACUGCUGCAGUGGAUCCGGGGCCUGCAGCAUCAGUUGAUUGAUCAGCAGGCCCGACUGCAGGAGAGCUUCGACACCAUCCUAGACAACCGGAAGGAGCUUAUUCGCUGUCUCCAGCAGAGGGCAGCACCAUCCAGGCCCCAGGACCAGGGCUAAGGGUGUGCCUCCACAAAUGUGCAAGGGUAUGUGUGUAUAUUUGCAGGCAUGUGCGAGGUUGUGCCCUAGUAAGUACAUAAUUAUUUGCUGGCAUGAUUGCAGGUAGGCAUGAGUGUGAACGUGCUAACAUGUAGGCAAGUGUGUGUAGGCAUGUGUGAAUAAGCAUGUAUAAAUGAGCUUAAGUGCUGUGUGUACAUGUGUACACACAAGCUAACUUAUCUGCAGACCUACAUGUAAGUGUGUAACACUGAACAUAUGUGUGUGUAGUAUGUAAGAAGAAUGAAGAAAUCUGUAUAUGUGUGUGUAGACAGGUACCCAGCAGUAUGUGUAUGUGCACAUGAGUGAGGAUGUAUAUGCAGAAUAUGUGUGUGUGUAUGAGUGGGUUUGAGCGUGCAGGCUUUUGUUGGGUGUACGGGAGGGAGCCCUCGUGUGCAGGGGUGCAUGGGUGGGGGCGCAGGCGUGCAUGGGUGGGGGCGCAGGCAUGGGAAGUAUAAGGAGCAUGUGUGUUUGCAGGCAGACUCAUGAGCAAGUGUGUGCAAAUAUAUAUCCAGCGGUACCCGUGGAGUGUCCAUCCACACUUUGUGUCCCUCGUGGUCUACCCCAGCCUUUCUUCUCCACUGGAUCCACUAGACAGAGGGCUAGCAUGCUGUCAUUUAUCUGAGGGUUGUGGCUGAUCCGUUCUCCUGGGAUUUACAGGCCACCUCUCCUCUCCUUUUCCCUCACUAAACCCAGACUUGCUGAGCUAUGGCUAUUUUCCCUGAUGUUGGCUUUGCUGUAGGAGGUUUAGUGGCUACUCUGGCCUGCCAUGGCAUUUUGGCUGCAAUUUUGUCAGGCAGUGGGCAGAGAACUGGUGUCAGGAAGGGGAACUGGGACUAGUGAUGGAGAUGAUGGUGGUGUUGGGGACAGAGAAGGACAUAGGGGACUGUCCCUCUUGAACUCUGCCUUUGGGCACAUGGGAGAUGGGGACAAGGGAGAUGGUAAUAGUGGAACCCUGUGAAGAACAGGAGAAUGGGAAUUCUAAAAUACUAGUUCCCAAACAAACCACCUCUCCACUGGGAAAGGAGCUGUGGCAAACCCUGUUGAUUUAAGCUUCUGAUGAAAAGCAAUGUAUGUGUAUAAGUUUGCAAGUAACAGGCACGAUGUUCCAAGGCUGAUGAGGAAAAUAUCACUUCCCUGUCUGUGCCUCUACCUUGCUGUGCCUCUCUGGCUUUAGCAGCAUUGGAUGUCGAAUUGGUUUGGUCCAUUUCUCUGAAGUCGGACGCUCAAGAUGAGCCAGAGGUUGGCUUUCUGGGACAGGAAGGGGACGGUGUCAACCUAAACCUCUGGAAAUGCUUAGGACGCUGAGUUUUAACCCCUUCUUUCACUGCAUGGCCCUUCAGACAGGGAUUGGUGGGCUGCAGGAGUUACAGAGUGGGUGAGUCUUAGAAUCAACGCAUCAGGUAGCUGAGCUCUCUGCUUUGUUCCUGGGAGCCAAGAGAAUGCAGGAUCCUGGUGGGUGAGCAGUGGUAUGAAGAGGGGACACUGACGAGUGAACAGUGGCAUGGAAGUCACUGAUGCAGCCUCUGGCCCUCAGUCUCCCUGUCGGCAAAGUGGGAGAGCUCUUCCUGUCUAUCUCUAAAGAGUUUUGUCCGUGAUAGGUGGGUGGGCGAAAGGUCCAGGGAGCAGCGGUGAGGGGUGGGCCCUGAAGACUUUUUGUCUGUAGCUCUUGCAUAUCGAGUGUGUAAACCCAGCCUUUGGACCAACCCAGAAUGAAUAAACUGGGCAGAGAAUUAAA